AUGAAUUUAAGUCCCUCUCUAAAUAAUAUUAAUACAUGGCAAGAUUGCUCCGGAUGUGAAAAAAACCUUCUUUUAAAUUCAUUUAUUACUAAUAAAAAAACUUUUCGCACUUGUAAUACAUGUCGUGUUCAGAAUAAAGUAAUCAAACAGCAAACAAAAGCUCAAAAUCAGAAUAAAAAUUCUGAAAAGGAAACAAUAAUUGAAUUAUCAGAUUUGGAUGAAUAUUUGAUACAAAUAUUUGAUUCGUAUGAACAUAAUAAAGAAAAUCAAGAAAAUAAUACUUCACUAAAGUUAGAAUUUUCUUAUGAAGAUAUGGGGACUUGUGAUGAAUUAUAUGAACAUCUGAUCAAUGUAACAAAAAAUGCACUCAGUAUUCUCGAAGACCAACGGAGUAAAAAAAAUUUAAGAUGGAUUAAAAGUGUAAAUAAAAACUUCAAACCAGUAGAACAAAUGACAUCUGAAAUUAUUUCAUAUAAAAGAAGAAGAACGAUGCCCCGAACAUUCAAAGAUCAUACGAAUAAUACUUUGUUUUAUGAUUAA